AGCAAGGACUACCUGAACAGAGGCUGCCUGCACACGGAGCUGACCUGAGCCAGCUAAAAUGGUCAAAGUUGGAAUCAACGGAUUUGGCCGUAUUGGACGUCUGGUGACUCGGAUUGCCUUCCUGACUGGAAAAGUCGACAUUGUGGCCAUCAAUGACCCCUUCAUUGAUGUUGACUACAUGGUGUAUAUGUUCACUUAUGAUUCCACCCAUGGCCGCUUCAAAGGUGAGGUGAGGAGCGAGGGUGGCAAGCUCAUCAUCAACAACCAUGCCAUCAUGGUCUUCUCAGAGAAGGACCCAUCCAACAUUAAAUGGGCUGACACUGGCGUGGAGUAUGUUGUUGAAUCCACUGGUGUGUUCACCACUGUUGAGAAGGCCUCUGCUCAUCUGAAGGGAGGUGCUAAGAGAGUCAUCAUCUCCGCCCCCAGUGCAGAUGCUCCCAUGUUUGUGAUGGGUGUCAAUCAGAAUGUCUAUGACAGAUCCAUGAAUGUGGUCAGCAAUGCUUCCUGCACAACAAAUUGCCUUGCUCCUCUGGCCAAGGUCAUCCACGAUAAUUUUGGCAUCAUUGAGGGACUCAUGAGCACAGUGCAUGCAAUCACAGCCACGCAGAAGACUGUGGACGGCCCAUCUGGUAAGCUGUGGAGAGACGGGCGCGGUGCCAGCCAGAACAUCAUUCCUGCCUCCACUGGAGCAGCCAAGGCUGUGGGCAAAGUCAUCCCAGAGCUCAACGGUAAGCUGACGGGCAUGGCCUUCCGUGUCCCCACCCCCAAUGUGUCUGUUGUGGAUUUGACAGUGCGUCUGGAAAAGCGAGCUAAAUAUGAAAGCAUAAAGAAGGUGGUAAAGGCUGCAGCAGAAGGCCCGCUCAGGGGAAUUCUGGGAUACACUGAGGAACAGCUGGUAUCCACAGACUUCAAUGGUGACUCUCACUCUUCAUACUUUGAUGCUAGUGCUGGCAUUGCACUCUCCGACAACUUUGUCAAGCUGGUGACAUGGUAUGACAAUGAAUAUGGCUACAGCAGCCGUGUGGUAGACCUCAUGGUCUACAUGUACUCCAGAGAGUAAAACUAAUAUACCUCAAAGUUCCUGGUCACCUCAGAAAGAUCAAUUCUGAAGAACAAGUCAUCGCUGGCAACUUUUUUAUGACGCUGUAUAGUUUGAAAUGUGAUGUCUUGUUUGAAUGUCAUGUAUCCCAGUAAAAGUCCUCUGUUCAUGG